UUAAUUAUUAUUUUUAUUUCCUUUAAAAAGUCUUAACUGGCUGGACUUUUCCCUUUCUCCCUUCGCUUUCCGACAGCUCAUGGGAAAUGCUGUGCCUCGGGGCAUGCGCACGAUGAGUGACAGGGCAGAGGCACGUGGAGCGCUGGGGCCACAGCCGGCCGCCCUUGGAGCCAGCGGCGUCCGGCUGUGGCUGGCAAGCAGGAAGGGUCCCGUGCAAAGACCUAGUGAGUACUUCUGCCAUCGCCUUGAUAGUGUUGCACUGAUGGAAUCAUGCCUACAGUUGAAGAGCAUUCAAGUUUGCUGAAGGUACCUCAGAAUUGGCUUCUUCUUAAUACAGUGACCAUACAGGAUCAAAGAAAAAUAGUCUUCUGUUUUUAAAAUACUUGAGUUUCUUGUUAGUAACAGCAUGGUUUACUGUGAAAAUUGAAAGAAAAAUUUUUCUGGACACUUUAAAGCUAGCUGGUAGGCAUAGCAAAAUGCUUUGUAUGAGGCAGGUUUGCUUGUUUGCACUGAGACGUUACCAGGCUCGGACUCUGUGCAGUGAUCUGCUUUUGAACCAGAUAAAUGGCUGCACCCAUGAAGAUGAAGUGUUCAGCCUUGUUAGAAGGAACAAGGCCAGACUUUCUGAAAAGCAUGUGGGAAUUGCAUUGAACAUGCUGUGGCAAUUGCAAAAGAAGAGGCCCUCACUCUUAAGGACUAGUGACUAUGUAAGAAAUCACUCCCAGUUUCUUACCCUUUGCAUUUUGGCCGAAAACAAGGUGAAACACAUGGAAGAUGAGGUGAUAGUGGACAUCUUAUAUAGCAUCCUGAGGCUCGAUGUUGAACACCAUGUUUCCCUAGCAAAAGUGCUUGUUCCAGAGGCAUGGAAAAGAUUAGAAAGUUAUGUGAAUGGAAAGUGGUUUGAACAAGUUCUGAAUGAGAAAACUCUGGCCAUGUUUCAACGCUUGAUAGAUCAAAUAACAUGGGCAAAUGUUUUACCCUUGUCUUUUUUUCUCAUAAAAUCAGACCACUGUUGUCCUGCAUUAUUUGACAGAAUAGCUUGUGUGACUGUUGAAAAUAUAAACAAGAUUCCCCCCUCUGAAAUCUAUUUUAUUCUCUUCCUUUUCUCUGCUUUGAACCCUCCUGACAAUGAAGAAUUCUUUAAGAUCCAACAUCUUACUUCUAACUUGAGUCAUCUUGAAACUUAUCACUUGGUGCUGCUUGGUCAUGUUUUGGCAAUGGCUGGGUAUUUUCCUCCAGUUCUGAUAACAAUGAUAUUUAAUGUUUCUUUCCUAAGCAAAUUUGAUGCUCAACUUAAAGUCCUGCCUGAUACAGUGAAGCAGAGGGUCGACUCAAGCCUCAUGAAAUUGAACAGAGCAGUCUGUCUGGAAUGCUCAGAGUUUCACAUCCCUUGGUUUCAUGAGCCAUACUGCCAACGUGUCUUUCAUAACAGUACAAGCCGAAUAAAUCCACAGCAACAGCAUAUUCACAGAAUGCUGACAGAGAUCUUAGGAGGGAGCCAUUACUCAAGAAUGUCUGUUGUCACACCGUACUACUAUGAAAUAGAUUUUGAGUAUGUCCUGGAUGUAAAUAAAAAGCCUCUUUCCUAUAUGGCUCAGAGUGUACCUUUGAAUGGUGUGGGGGGAAUACACUUUAGACAUGACAUCAAGGAUGAAAGGAGAAAGGCUCUGCCACUGGGAGCUCAAAGAAUUGCUUUGGAACUUCUUGAUUCACAAGCUUUUAGCGAAGAUUAUUCAUGUUAUCUGAAAGGAGAACCUGCAGUGAAAAAGUGACACCUGGAGAUGCUGGGGUAUCCAGUAUUUCAGAUUGCUCACUUCGAAUGGAAUUCUGUGGUUCUGUCAACAAAAGGUGAACAGCUGGAAUACCUGAGGCAGCAGCUGUAUGGAAUACAGUGAUAUAAGACAUGCAGUCUAAAGUACUUUUAUAAAAAGUUUAUGUACCAUCAAACAUCUUGUAAUCCUGGAAUACUUUUUCAAAAAUCUCUAUCUGUAUCAGCUGGAUCAAGGCUUGCCAAAGUCAUUAGGUGUAAAGACAUUUAAUCCUCAAUUUAUUAGGGAUUGCAAAAGGCAGGUCACAGUGGGCUGUGAAGAUGUGAUAAGGAUACUUAGAAUUUCUCAUUAUCUGCAAGCUAUUACGAGCAAAGGAAUCUGGCAGUUUUGCAAUCAAAUUACAUUAUUAUCUCCUGAAUAAAUAGCACAGAGGCUUAGCCAGACAUAAAACUCUCCACAGAAAAAGUUGGAAAUACUAUUGACUAGGAGAGUGGAGUCAGCAAUGUACUGGAAACUAUGUCUGUCCUCCAGCGUGUGCCAAAAUGAACAGUUAGGAAUCGAGCAGUAUCUGUACUCUGAAACCAAGAAACUGAAAUGCAGAUUUGCUAAGAAUA